AACCAAACAAACCUCCCUUUUCUUCUGUCGUCGUCGUUCUUCUUCUUCUUCUUAACAAUUUGGUCUGGAACGACACAGUAUCAGUUCGUUGCAUUAGUUGCUACAAUGGCCGAUUCAGAGAAAUUGACGGCUUUGAAAAAGGCUUAUGCCGAGAUAAUUUUGAACACGGCUAAAGAGGCGGCGGCGAGGAUAAUGGUGUCGGAAAGGAAGGCUCACCGGUACCAGAAGGAGCUGUUCGCCUCCAAAGACGAGGCAUUGCAUAUGCUGGUUAGGUUGAAACAGAUGUUGGAUGCUAAGGUUAAUGAAGCGGAGAUGAUGUCCUUGAAUCAACAGAAAAGAAUCGAAGAGCUUGAAGCACAACUGGGGGAAGCUGAGGAUAUAGUAAGAGAUCUUAGAGCAGAGUUGAGAGAAGCACAAGAUGAGUUGGAGAGGCUGACCAAAAACCCGAUGCGGUGUUCGGGCGAACAAAAAUCAGAACAUGAUGUUGCUGCUUGUGAGAAAAUAUCGAAUGGAAAUACAAUCAGCAAUUCCGGGUCUGUCAUAUCUUCUCAACUUGGUAUACAAACUGAGAUCGUGAGAGUUUCUGACAUCAAGAGUUCAACAAAUUUGGGUAUUAAGUGUUCUUGUAAGGACAAUUGCUACGUUUGUAACCCUGAAUUCGCCUCCAUAGUAAUGAGACGGAAAGAGCCUGAUCUGUAUAGAAAUGGGUGCACUCAGAGGAUUCGUGCACUGGAAAGGUGUCUGCUUAAUGAAAAUUCAUCUCUUUCCGGGCAAGUAGAUGAUGCAAUGAGUGAAGACCCUAGAGAACAUGAAGAAGGGAAGGAUAUGCACACAGAAGUUUCUCGAUCCGAGGAAAAUAUAGAUGAGUUCGAAGUGAUGCAAACUGAUGUUCAUAACAGCAUUCAAUCACUUCCCAUUAGUCCUUUUCGCAGGAAAAGGAAAAGAGCAUCUAGAUAUAAGAAAAAUAGAGCUCCCUCACCUAUGGAUAUGCCUGAUCAGGUUGUAGCAACAUGCCAAGAAUCUAAUCUACUGUGCCCUGAAAGUUCUUCACAUGUCGCUGAUGAGAAUGUUCGAUUGGGUGAAGAUUCUACGAUCACUAAUCAUGAUACUUCUCAGGGUUCUCGUUCUCCUUUCGUCCCUGGUUCACCUUCGAGUGUAGUGGAAGUAGUUACUGAAUCGGGAUAUGAAAAAGUUGGCAAGGAUGAUUCAAAGUUUGUGAAUGUUUGUGAUCUCCGUAAUGGCAAAGACAAUGAUAAAUUGCUGACAGACAAAAAAGAGUUGACAGGUCUGGUCAGUGGAUCGACCGGGAAUUUAGGGAUUGCAUCUUGCAAACUGGAGCUCGAGACGGUGGACGUCUCAGCUGUAAACCUGAAUGCUAAAGUGUCUGAAGUAACUGAAGGGUCUUCUCCUCAAACGGUAAAUAGUAAGUUUCUCAUGUACACUUUCAAAAGAAAGCGGAAGAAGGAUUCUUUGAGCAGCCCCGACAGAGAUUGCUCACUCGACGAGGACACUUCUAAAAAGGAGGAUAAACAAAAUGGUUCUCUAGACUCCGAAAAAUCAUCAUUGACAGCUGAAUCAUCUAGAGACAGUCGGCGACUAGCACAGGUGGCUCGCCAGCUCAUAUCGUUAUCGGAAAAGAAGUGGCGGUAACGGAUCUGGAUGUUCGGUGCAUGAAUACAGGGAUGCUGAACAGACGCGGCUAAAACUGGUGCAGCCUCUUUGUCUCUGAUGGCGGCAUAUAUCAUCCAACUCUUUUGAAUCAGCUUUACUAGUUGCUAUAUUUGAUCACUGUUCUUGGUUCCCCUCCUUGUAUGGCAUGGUUAAGGAUUUUGCACCGAUUUGCUAGGACCGGAGCGUAUAUCGAGUCGGUUCCGAUGAAUGCUUGUUCGGUUCUGUUCCGUCUAUCAUUCGAAAUUGCCUUUUCUGCUUAAAUGUCGAAUAUAUUCCAUCUAUGUUUUUAAUAAACUUAUCAUCAUUUUAAUGGU